AUGAAAACCUAUCUUCCCCCCUCCCUUCUCUCAGUCCUCCUCCUAGCCCUCCCAACCUUUUCCUACGGCUCCCCCUCCCCCAUGCUUGUCUCCGAAGACCUGAUCCACCUCAUGCCGCACCACACUCUCUUCCUGCGACAAGUCAGCGACCUGCAAACUUUUUCCGGAAACCUAGGCGGGGUGUCCGCAUCCCCUAUCACCAAUUCCGGAGACAGCAAACGGCCGUUUUCAGUUGAUGGAGACACGUUUACGGAUUUUAAGAGUGCAAGUCAGAGGAGUUGCGAUAAUCAGUUUACUGGGUGUAGUCAGGGAGCGAAUCAGAAGGGGAAUAAGGGAAGUGUGACAGUGAAUGAUUGUGAUAAGCAGAAACAGGAAUGCCAGUCUGCGCAGAGUAGCGCGAAGGUUCAAGAUUUUAAUACUGCGGUGCAGAGUCAGAAUAUUGGUCCUGAUCCACAGUUCCCAGAUUUUGAUAUCAUUUGUGAGGUGUAG